AUGAGUGGAACACCUCCCAUCAGGGGAUCGACACCCGUGGGUGACGAAGGAGAAACCUCUCAAGGGAACCGACCCACUCAGGAGGGUACCGAGGAUACCAGUGGCCCGAAUGCCCCGACGCUUCCUCACCCUCGACCCCGAAACCAAGGCGAACGGAUCGCUAAUCUCGAACAACUUACGAGGGAGCUUCUGCAGCGAACGGAGGAUCAGACCCAAGAAGUUACCCAGCUUCGCGCAGACAACGAAGAUCUGCAGCGCCGCCUCGAGCGCGCGGGAAGCCAAGUCACCUCUCGAAGGACGGGAAGAGACACAAGCGAACGGAUCGAAGAGGAUCUCGACACCAUGGCGAACGCGAUCAAGUCAAACGAGGAGAAGCCAAAGGAUGUCAAGUUCCCGCCUAACAUGGAGAAGUUCAAUGGCUAUAAGGGAGACCUCCUCGACUUCCUCACCGACUGUAACGAUUGGAUCGACUUAAACCCGCAGAGCCUGAACACCGACGACAGGAAGAUCAGGCUUGUUGGAGGGAUGAUGGAAGGAGGACCCAAGGGUUGGUACCGACAGUACCGAUCCAUGGAUGAGGCGGACCAACCCCACUUCAUGACGAACUAUGAGGAGUUCUGCAAGGAGCUGGACCGUAACUGGGGAGACCCGGACCGAAAGGCCUCCUAUGAAAGGGAUACGCCACCAAGUUCCGGCAAUAAUGGCUACCUCCGCUACCCCUCGGAUGAUCGGCUCCUCCCCACUACCUUCUACGGAGGACUGAAGGACGAGAUUAAGGACGAGGUGGCGAGGGAAGGAAGGGAGGAAAACUUCAACGACCUGGUGGACCAAGCCAUUAGGAUCGACAACCGCCUCCAGGCCAGAAAGAAGGAGCGUAGAGACACCCAUAGCUCCAACUCGUACCAGGGACAGACGAACCUCCAGAGGAAGCCCAAUACCCAGGAGCGGAAGUCUCGAACUACUACCUAUCGAGGCAACGGCAGAGAAACUAUCGUCACCGAAAAGGACUCCGUCACGACGACCACUCGAGACGACUAUAAGAAGAACCUAGACUCUUCAGGCCGACUCUCGAAGGAGGAAAUGGAUCGCCGUAAACGCUUAGGACUAUGCUUCUACUGCGGGAAAAUGCAUGAGUCGUGGGGAGACUGCCCCCUAAGGAAACAGAGAGCGCGAGAAAGGAUCGGUGCGGCCCCCGUUAUCCCCAAGAUGAAAGGCGCCCGUACCCACCCGCUGGGGAUCCUCACUCAAUCCCCUGCAGAGGGAAACUAG